AACACAUGCUAACUGAAGCUAAGUCAAGUAAUCUGGCUGAAAUAGAUCAAGAAGAUGAAGCACUUGAUUCAGUAUCAGGUAAUAAUUUGGUCGAGGUGGAUGAAAAUGAUGAAGCGUUUGAUUCAGAAAUAUGCCACAUUUAUAAACAAAAGGUUGCAGCCAUAAGAUGUAUAGCAAAUCACCUGGAACAAGAACUUACAGCAAAUAAUUUCAAUCAUAUCACCCAAGUAGUUAACAAUAUGAAUAGAUUAUUCAUGAUGCUGAAUGAUAUUGAGGCAGCACAAAAUUAG